UCUAUUUUGCUGUAGCAUUUAACUUUGUUUUCUUUUCUUUUCUUUUGCGAGGAAACAAAUAGGUUUUAUUAGAAGCACGGCUAUUUCAUUUUCAUGGUUAUUUUAUGAACCUCUCUCUCUUGUCAGAAGCUAUUCGUCACAUUCACGCUGCAGAAACAUAAUGUAGAAAGCAUGCAUUCCUUUCAGCUCUCUCCUGAUGCUCAGGUUGGAGUACUGUAUGGGUGUUGUCCUUCUCUAUGUCCCUGCUAUCAUAUUGUGCUUGUUUGUUUCCCCUUAACGGUACCUCGGUGUUAUGUCCCAGUGUGUCGCGCCGUGCUCGGUUCCAGAGAGUCUGAUGCAGCAGCCAGUUUCUGAGAGACAACCACAGAUAGUGACAGUUAAACCUGCUUGUGCGUGGGCCUUCGCCCUCUGACUCAUCUGUUGAACUUUGAAGAUCUUGCGGGGAGAUGCCUACAUCAAAAUGAGAGGACUGUACCUUCUGUUACAUCAUAUUGUUUCGAAUAGUUUGCCAUGCAUGCGUGUCUGCAUCUAGUUUGUAUACCAGGCACGCUCCAUUUGAUUCUAUCAGCCUCUGAAUGAUAUUUUGCUCAUUAGACAGUGUGCAAUAAGAGACCAGUGUUGACACAACCUGAGUUAAUGUGUUUAGAGACUCUAAUGGAUCAUAGAGGUGCUAAUGAAACAUUGUCAUGGGAAGAUUUAUGUUGCAAGCUGCUGAGUUCUCAUUUCCAUUUUAUAUGUGGUUAGAUGUACCUUUAUUCAAUGAGCAGUACACAGCGGAAGACACCAAAUGAAUAUAGAUAUUUCAAGUGUAACGUGGGAAUAAAUAAUUCAAUUUCAUGUUGCAACUGCUUUGUUAAGCAGUCGUAACAGGAGGCAAUUCUCUAUAAUUCUGUGGCGUGGAUACAGUGGGGUUAAUGAAAGGUUUAGCAAAAUGAAACAAAUAUAGAGAAGUUGGGAAAACAAGGGUGUAAAAUUCACAUUUCUACAUGUGAAAUAUUGACUUUGUAAAAAAAAAAAAGUAAAAAAGAAAUGUAAAAAAAAAAAUCACUAGUUCAUUUUUUAGAUGUGAAAUAUUGCAGUGUUUGAAACCGAAGCUGUGUGAUGUUUGUCUUCAGACAAGAUGAUACCAGCACCAGCUUAUUCGUGGAAAUGCCAAAUGGUUAUUGGCCAAGGCUGGAUUGCAGUAAAACCAGAAUAUUGUAUCAGAGAGAGGCAGCUGGUUAGGAGUCAGAACAGAUUAUCAUAUGAGAGAGGAUGAGUGAGGAGGAGGAGGGGAGGAGAGGAUCGGAGAGAGAGAGAGAGAGGGAGAGGUAGAGACUGGAAUGGAAAGCAGGGGGCGAGAGUGAGGGGCAAAAAGGAGGACGAGACGGAGAAGUGAUACCAAGAAACUCAUCGCCUGGUCGCGAUGGGGUGGGGGGGAUCAUCCAAAAGCCUUCCGUCAGUAUCUAUAUCGCCUACUUCACCUGUCUGAAGGGGUGUGUGUGUGUGUGUGAGAGAGAGAGAGAGAGAGAGAGAGAGCUGCAUGCAGGUCCUCUGAGAGGUCAGAGGAAGAUGCUGAGGCUCCACUCAUCUUCUCUCUGUGAUGGGCCCACUGCUGCUUGCCGACAUCUGGCCUCACACUGAUCACUCAUAUCUACAGACAGGGAGGUGGAGAAGAGCGGGGCACUUGUAUCACCAAGUCACAGAAAAAAUUACACUUCCUCUGUCAUCCAUUCUCACUGCUCUCUUUUCUUUUCUUCUUUUCUUUUUUGAGUCACCAGUUGUUGUCUUCCUGUCCCUCCUCUCUUUUCUUAGCCUUCACAUUGCACAGUUUUAAAGGCAAAACAAAAGCACAAGGUGCAGAACCAGAAUGUGAUUUUUUUUCUCUCUCUUUUUUUAUGCGAGAGCUGGUUUUGUCUUUACCCUUGCACUAAAAAGAUAAGACGCAGAUAGUUAAGAGUGUGCUGUGUCUAGCAAAGCUGGUAUACACGGCUCCGACUGCAAUCAGUGGGAAGAGGGCCAGCUUCCCUGCCUGAGCUCUCAGCGCCCCUACUGGCUGCAUGCUGUGCCAAUCAAAGGCUAGUGGGUGGGGAGCAGUCAGACAUGAACACUGAUGUCACAGUCACAUGGAUUCUGGUGUGGUCAUGCUCGGAGGCUGAGAGACAGAGCUGUGCUGGCCAGCUGCUGCUGAGACAGCAGUGGAGGGCUUUGCGCUGGUGAUAGUUCUUCUCUUAUGGACUCGAAGCUCAAUGAUGUAUUUUGUGAUUUCAGCUAUGAAAGCUCAAAUCGAAAUAAUUCCCUGCAAGAUCUGUGGAGACAAAUCAUCAGGCAUCCAUUACGGCGUGAUAACAUGUGAAGGCUGUAAGGGCUUUUUCAGGAGGAGUCAGCAGAGCAAUGCAGCUUACUCCUGUCCCCGUCAGAAGAACUGCUUGAUCGACCGCACAAGCCGCAACCGCUGCCAGCACUGCCGGCUGCAGAAGUGCCUGGCAGUGGGCAUGUCACGAGAUGCAGUGAAGUUUGGUCGGAUGUCAAAGAAGCAGCGAGACAGCCUAUACGCUGAGGUCCAGAAGCACCGGCUGCAGCAGCAGCAACGUGACCACCAACAACAGCCUGGGGAGGCGGAGCCACUCACACCUAGCUACGGCCUCUCUGCCAGUGGCCUCACGGAGCUUCACGAUGACCUCAGCGGCUACAUGGAUGGUCAUACUCCUGAUGGCAGCAAACCAGACUCGGCUGUCAGCAGCUUCUACCUGGACAUUCAGCCAUCUCCUGACCAGUCAGGCCUGGACAUCAACGGCAUCAAGCCGGAGCCCAUCUGCGACUUUGCCCCAGGCUCUGGCUUCUUCCCCUACUGCUCCUUCACCAAUGGAGAAACCUCCCCCACCGUGUCCAUGGCUGAACUAGAACACCUGGCCCAGAACAUUUCUAAGUCACACAUGGAGACAUGUCAGUAUCUGAGAGAGGAGCUGCAGCAGAUGACCUGGCAGGCUUUCCUGCAAGAGGAGGUGGAGAGCUACCAGAACAAGCCCCGGGAAGUCAUGUGGCAGCUGUGCGCUAUCAAAAUAACAGAGGCCAUUCAGUAUGUGGUGGAGUUUGCCAAGCGCAUCGACGGCUUCAUGGAGCUGUGUCAGAACGAUCAGAUAGUGCUGCUGAAAGCAGGCUCUCUGGAAGUUGUGUUUGUCAGAAUGUGCCGUGCCUUUGACACGCAAAACAACACAGUGUAUUUUGAUGGAAAAUAUGCUGGACCUGAUGUGUUCAAGUCAUUAGGCUGUGACGACUUGAUCAGCUCCGUCUUCGAGUUUGGGAAAAACUUGUGUUCUAUGCACCUGUCUGAGGAUGAGAUCGCCCUGUUCUCCGCCUUUGUGUUGAUGUCUGCUGACCGGUCCUGGCUGCAGGAGAAGGUGAAGGUGGAAAAACUCCAGCAGAAGAUCCAACUGGCCCUCCAGCACGUCCUGCAGAAGAACCACAGAGAGGACGGUAUACUUACAAAGUUGAUAUGCAAAGUGUCGACACUGCGGGCGCUGUGCAGUAGGCAUACAGAGAAGCUUACAGCUUUCAAAGCAAUAUACCCAGACAUUGUGCGUGCCCACUUCCCCCCGUUAUACAAGGAGCUGUUUGGAUCAGACUUUGAGCAGUCCAUGCCCGUUGACGGGUAGCAACCCUGCCAGGUGCCAGUGUGCCCACCGUAGGGGAAUGUGGAGGAGGAAUCUGAGACACUUUACUGGUGCCCUGCACACACCAGAGCGGACAGAUGGCACGCUGUUCAACUUCUUCUUUUACAUUGGAGGGUAGGGCUUGGGGAGUUGAUUGUCAAGGUUUACCAUAUUGAAUCUAGUUCUCUUUGUAAGAAUUGUGGGACCCGACACCCCACGGGACAUGAAGAGGAGAUAGGAACAAAUCAUUUCUGUUUGGUUGAACUUGACCCUCUUAUGCGCUUUUCUAACCCAAUUCUCUUCAUUCGUCGUUGUUUUCACUUGAUUAACUGCAUCACCCCCUAUCAUUCUCCCUUUUUUUUUUUUUUUUUUUUAUCUGCACACCUGGCUUCUAAUCAUUAUGAACAAUUAAUGAGACACCUUUGAAGAAAAAGAAAAGAAAAGCUGAAGACCUCUUCAUUUAGAGGAUGACCACAUCAGUAUUAUUUCCCAGGUUACACUCCCGUAACAGUUCUGCUUUCUUUCCAUGGUCAAAGCUGUCACCUUUUUACGCAGAAAAAGUGACAACAACAACAACAACAAACAAAAAAAAGAUAAACGCGCACACUUUGGUCAAGUUCAGCCUCUUUUCUCUUGUGCUCAAGCCGUAUCGUUUGGGAUGACGCAGUGCUUGGGAUGAAAACUCACGGCGACUUCGAGGGAGGUUCCAUUGGCAUGGCGUUGCAAUCGGCACUUCUCUGUGGACAAUCGUUUAAAAGAGAGAGAGAAAAAAAGAAACCUAGAAUUCUGGUAAUUCUAAUGAAAACGCAAUGAUUUAAGUUGUCAAAGACUCCAUCCACCAUUGUUGCAUAGUGAAACCAUGUAAGGCCAUCUGCUAUUAAUCCUUCUCUGGACAGGUGCCCUGGAGAAGCACAGGGCGCCAAUACAAUGAAAAGGGUCCAUUCCACCUGUUUUAUAAUGUACUACAGGGUAUAUGGUCAUAAGUACUUACUAUACAGAAAAAAGUAAUGUUUAUAGAAUCUAUUUUAAAUAACAUGUAUGAUAUUAGUAGUUAGACCAUUCUUAAUUGUUGAAUUGAUAAGGCACUUUUAUUUACACCGUUCUUUAAUUUAAGACUUGUAUAUUUACCUAGUGAUGUGUUGCAUGUGCACAAGAAAUACAAGUUGAAUCAUGGAUGCAGAGGUUAGUCCCGGGAGCUGCAGAUGUUACUGGUCUACUGGAAGCGUACGGGAUGUCUGUUAGGGUGGCUGGCGUGGCUGCCGGUUGGCGAACAAAAGAGGCGUGGAUGAGAAGGCAGGUUAAAGACACUCCGUCGCUUGUUUUCGCAACAACUGCCAGUGCGACGCCUGUCAAAAUGUAGCUGUGAUACUCCUCUGAGGGGAGCAUGCACAAACAUAAAAAAUAAUACAAAAAAACAAAACAAAACAACCUCGCGGUGAUGUUUUGUUUUUGUUGUGAACAGAUCUGGAUUUCAUGGCAUCUGUUUCAAGUUUUUGAAAAUACAAGAAAACUGAGGUGUGCUCGGGUGACAGAUUUUGGGGAUUUUUUUUUUUUUACUAAACAUUUGCUUCUCAUUGUACUGUGAAAAUCUGUACAUUUUUCUUUAAGGCUAUAAAUCAACCCAAAUAGCCAUGUGGUUGGACUGGGAAACUCACAUGCAGUCUCUAAUCCAAUUGUUCCAUCUAGUGGAAGAUAAAGAUACAGCAAGCGAGUUAACAGCCUAAUGGCAAGAGACCCCGGGGUCUAACCUAAAAAGCACAUUUACGAGCCUCUGUAAGAACAUUUUCAGCGUCUUUAUCUGCCUUCUCACCGCAGUCUCAGCCCGGCAAAGCCACGACAGGACACAGAAGAAACAGUGAAGGGAAAGUGAAUAUUCAAAGCCUUGUCUGGUUGUAAAGCUUCUAUUUUUGUAACUUGUUUUGGUUAAUAAACUCACGAAAGAGAACGAGGGAGAGAAAAAGAUGUCAGGUAGCACUUAACUAUAUCCCUGCAAUAAUUAGACUAGCCGUUGUUCGUAUGAUUAGGGGAGAAGCAUAAAAAUGGUAGGACAAGUGCUAUUUUCAGAAUGCUUUGUUGUUGUGCUUCUGUUUUUGUUGAGUGCGUCUUUUUUGUCAGUGUGGUAGUAAAGUGGUAGAAAAAAGAAAAAAAAGAAACAACCCUGGAUGUGCCAAACAAUAGUCGUUGCUUCCGCUUUUCCAGUCUACUCGUCUAUAAUGUAGAAUGGAUUCCUAAGACAUUCCAGCAAUCUCAGUAGCGGCUUUUAGAAAAAUCGUUAAGAACAAAAAAAAAAAAAAGAACAAAAAAAAGAGAAAAGACUAGAAAAAAAUGAUAUCCCUUUAGAAACCCGACAAAGCAUGUUAACACAUCUGUCACCAGUCUGUCUGUAACAUUGAAUCCAGUUGUUUUGUCUUUUUGUUUGUUUGUUGUUGUUUUCCUUUUGUUUGCACACUAUCAUUCCUCUACCGUGCAAUUUGCGCGAGGCGUUAAUGCCUUGCGCUGUCACCCCUCAGGGAAGAGUUUCUUCUGUGCUUUUCUGUUUGAAUUCAUUAGAUUUAUAGUUUAGUAGAUAUUUUUUCUUUCUAUCGUUCUCUCUUUUUUUUUUUCAGGGACGUUCCAUGAGAAGUGGUUGAAAAUUCCGAUUUGAAAAUUCAUCACAGAGUUGUUCAGAAUUUCACAUUAUUGGUGUCCUUAAAGGGCCUCCAGCCAAGUCGAUUAAUGAAAGCAAAUCUUCUUUGUAAAAGAAAAACCCAUCAAACCCCAUCGCAUUUACAAAGUGUAGUUUUUCAGUACACGGCAUAUUUCUUUCACGCACACAAAAUAAUUUAAAAAAAAAUCUGUUUUGGUUUAAAACGGUGUCAUCAGGGUCUUUAUGAAUAAUAACCCUCUUUGUUAGGAAACCAAAUAUUCUUAUGCAAUACUAAAUCUGUUGUGUUUUGGGUUGUUAGUAAAUAUGCUGUACCUAAGUAAUAAUAUCUGUUAACGAUCCAAUGCUAUUUUGGAUAUGCACAAGCCCUGUACGACUAGAAAACCUCAGUCUCAAAGCAAAAGAAACCCAGUCUGGAACACUGCUAGACAAUCCGGUGUUGAGAGGCCCGGCGGCCCAGCAAGAGCAGAAAAAAGGAUUAGGUGCGAACGCUCAGGGAGGUAACAGGUAGACCGAAGAAACGGCUCGCUUUCCUCUGGAGUCGCGGAGCAUUUCGUUAACUUUUUUUUGGGGUUUUUUGGUGAAUUUAUGAGAUUUUUUUGGAAAUCUUUAAAAAGCACUCAAAUGAUGAGAGGAGCUUGGCUGAACUUUUUCUAUUUUAUUUUUAAUUAUUGGUUUUUUUUGGCGUAGCACACUGAACAUUUUGUUAGAAAAUAAUGAGAAAAUUGAGAUUUGGCUGAUUCUUUGUCAAUUCUUUUCAUUUUGUUUGUUUGUUUCUUGAAGAUUAUUAUUUCUUCUUCAAACGUUAUGUGAUCACGUAAACAAUAUUCUGUCAAAAAUGGUGAGCCUAAGGUCUACCACUAAAAAGGGGUUCUUAUCUCGUAAAAUGUGCUGUUUUGUUUUUCAUUUUAGUCGAGUAGCUGGUAAUGUGCUCUACAAUGUAUAACAAGCAAUAUGCCUUGUGUUAUAAUUACGGGUCUCUACAGUGCAGCCAUCAUCCUUUUUCAAUUGACUUUAUUCAUACAGUUGAUUUUUGUUUACUCUUUUUCUGAACAAAAAGAAGUAAUAAAGCCCCAUCACUCUAUUUUUUAAUCUUCUUAAGGUUCCGAUAGAGGGAAGAUUACAGGAAACGGUCACCAAACACACAGAUGCUUGUGUAUAACUAUAAACUACGCCUUUACACGGGCCUGAAAAGUGAUGUCUUUCUGUAUAUUCUCAUUCGAGAUAUCCCACUUUAAGCGAGGGAUCGAUGCUACUUGUGCUAUUCAAUCAGUGUAUAGUAUACAGUAAAAUGUGCUGGUCCUUUUGUCUCUGCUCUGUUGUCUGUAAAAAGCAAUAGUGUGUGCGUGUGUGUGUGUCUGUCUGUUCUCACAGUAUGUGAAUAUUUAAAAAAAAAAACCCAGACAAGGCUUUAAUAAUUACAGAGGAACAGGGUCAUGUGGAUGAAGAGGUUUUGAUCUUUUUUCUUUUUUUUUUUAACAUUUUCUAACAAAAAAGAAGCAAAGGUUUUGAGGAAUGCUGAGCUCGAUCCAUCCAUAAUAGUUGUAGAUUUUAAAAAGCAUGACAUAACGCCUUCGACAAUUCACGGGUCUCAAAAGAAAAAAUUCUUCGCUAUCAGUUUGUUGGUCCAAGCCUAAAUUGAAAUGAACCGAGCCAAAAUGUGCACUGUAGAUUGCGUCUUCGACCGUAAAUUGUGAAGACCGGCGUUAUGUCACGCUUGAGGUUGCCGGUGUGUCGCCCAGAAUUGUGAGUCAGUCGUCGCAUUUUAACAAAACCCAUUUUCCAAAGCACAGGUGAUAAGACUUUAUGAUUAAAGUUACGUUUAAGAAUAUAGUUUAAAAAUAACGAGACAAAACAAUGAAAAGCAACUUUUAGCCAUAAUCGAAUGUCAAGCAAUAAUAUAUGUCUGUGUAUUAUUUUUCAUUCUUUUGUGCAUAAUAAGUCUUUGAGAACAUCUGCAUGUAAAUACACCUCUUAUUUAUCGCCAUUGGGUUCGGUUUUAUUUUUGUGUUGAUUUUGUGGAUGUUUUCUCUUCUUUUUUUUUAUGUUUCAUCUGUACAUUUGACCAGUUCUGUUCCCAGGUGGAGAACUAAGAACUUGACACGGCCUGUGUGCUGUAUAUCUUAUUUUCUCACUCUCUCUCCCUCAUUCUCUGCUGUUUAUUCACCAUAUUUAAUAUUAUUAUUGAUCACAUGUAUAAAGGUAGCUUUGUAACUUCUGUCUGUAUAGGGUAAGAGGAAAAUACUGCUACUAAGGCCUACCCAGUGAAAAAAAAAAUUUAUCUGUUUAUCAAUGACAUCAUAUUGUACGAUAACUCUGUUUCUACUUUGCUUCCCUCCUUUAGGAUUAGUUUGAUAGCGAUAGGGCGUGCUGACAUUUAUUUUGUGUUGCCCUGAUGUGUGGUGCUAGGUAAGUUAAUUUUGUGAACCAAGUAUUGAUUCCUAAGCCAGGCCGCCCUAUUAGUUCAUUGAUUUCAUCGCAUAUUAAUGUAUUAUUGAUAUUAGGACUCAACGAAUAAUGAUAAUAAUGAUAAUGAUAAUGAUAAUAAUGAAAUUGAAAAUGAUAGUGGUAAAAUUACCCAGCCAGUACCUGUAUCAGUGUGCUAGACUUGGGAUAAGGCACUUAUUUCCUUCUGACUUAUAUCAAAGCUAGUAUCUGCGAAUUAACAAGCUUAUUAAGGUCGCUUUUCUGGUUUGUGGAAGAAUUAUAAUAUUCAAACUGAAACAGCAGUAUUGGAUUUUUUUUGUCCUUUUUCCUUUGUGUGAUUGUAAAGAAAAAAACACUCACUGAGGCUAGUUAGUUUGUCAGGUUUUAAGAUACUAUUUACCUCCCCGUGUCUGCAUUGUUCUUCACCUGAUGCAGGGAAGUGGUGCUUGGAUUUCAUUUUACAGAGCCUCGGUGUAUGCUUUUGUUAUUCCCCAUUUUAAGACUAUCCUGAUCCUGAAGCAGCGGUUUCUCCAGAACCAGUGGCACAAGCCUUUUGCACCACACUGAAGUGUUAAAAUGUACACGAGAGGAUUGCCAUUUGAAGACAAAGUUGACCUUUUUCUUUUCUCUCGACUCUGUAGCAAAUAUCAGUAAGAAUAUGCUUGCAAUAAUACACAACGUAUCACACUGAGUGCCUCUCGGUGUAACAAAAUGCAUACAUGGUUUUGAUUGUCCUUUUUUGUUGUUGUUUUUGUGGUUUUUCCAGAUGUGUACUGAAGUGACAAUGUAUUUUGUACAUGAGGGGGAAUUGUCGCUCGCUCAUGCUUAAAAUGUUUGUUUUUGUUUUGUUUUUUUUUCUCAAACUCUCUCUCUUCAUGUGUUGUUAAUUCUUUUUCGCGUGGGUUGUUGUUGAAGGGUUCCGAUGUGUAGAUGGUCUGUUUAGAGUGUACACGUCACCCCUCACGUCAUUUCGGAAACAUAACUGGGAACGUCGCUUCUCGUUGGUCGACAAAUGCUCGCAGGCGAUAUUACAGAAGUGUUCUCCUGCACAUUGUUUUGAUUUUUCUGGUCGAGCAAAAAAAAAAGAAAAAAAAAAGAACUAAACAAACAAAAAAUACCUAACAGAAAGUUCACAUUUCUUCAUUUUCUGUUAGUGUUAAAUCUACUUUUUCUUUUUUAUUUCACUGAGGAUGGAAGAUUUACUAAUGCAUUGUAUAUUAAGUAUUUGUAUGUGUUUGUAAAACAGACAUACGAUGCAUCUGGAUUUCUUUAAUGUUCUGUGUUCAAUGUGCCCUCGGUCUGUUGGGGUAAUUUAACAUAAAAAAUGGGGUGGGUGCGUGGGGGAGGGUGGAGCAAGGGUGGCUUCUUUUUUUUUUCCAUGCAAAAGCAGUACGAAUUACGGAAAAAGCCGAAACUAGUGUGUGGUUGUCACAAAUUUCUAAGUCACAUGUUUGCUACUGAUGUAAAAUGGGGACAGAUGAUCAUGUACCUUUUUAUCCAGCUCUUUUGAACUCUCUUUAGCAGGUAGUCUAUUCACAAACGUAGUUUUGCUCCUUCUUGUCUGAUUCUUAAAUAUGAAAAUAAGUAUUUUGAUUCAUUUUGUAAAUACGGCUGUAAAGAAAAAUAAGAAAUUUAAUGUUGUCUUUUAAAUACUUUUCAUUCUAAUAUGAAUGUUGUUAUAUUGUACUUAGAAACUGUACCUUUAAUAUUACCUUUAUUAAAAGUGCAUUGGACACAUCGAUUUUAGAUGUGCUUUAUGUGCUGUUAUCCCAUAAUAAAAUUUACCGCUUGUAAUGGG